GACAGUGCACUCUCCUUCGUGAAUGAGUCGAGAGCUGAGCUGAGCCGAGACUAGGCGAGCCCGAGUGUAGCAUGUUGGCCCAGAAUUGACAGUCGUGAGGAUCGAGGCGCAUCGAAAAGAAAGUUUCGAACCCGUUUGUGUUGGGGAGUUCAUUAGACGGGAUUGUGGUCGGGCAUUCAGCGAAAAUGUAUGCGCUCGGGGUUCAAGCGGGCCCUGCAUUGUCCUUUGCCGCUUCUUGUGCCAAUUCUCUGUCACCUCGCGAUUCUACUGUGAACAAGCUGCCAAAAAUAUGCAAACUGGCCAGCCGACCGUGUACAGCUAGGGCGAGCUCAUCAGUCAGCACUGAAGCUGAUAGUUCAGUUGGUCGCAGGGAAGCAUUAGCUGGGGUCGCAGCCCUAGUUACUGGUGUGUUAAGCAGCAACAACUCUGCACUAGCUGCAAAAGCACCGAAGGGCUAUGCAGCAAUCUUGGAUAAUGCUGAUGGAUACGCCUUCUUCUACCCUUUCGGUUGGCAGGAAGUUGCGGUCAAGGGGCAGGAUGUUGCGUUGAAAGACGUGAUCGAACCUCUCGAGAGUGUGAGCGUGAGUAUUAUAAAGACUGAUAAGACAAGCUUGCAGGAGCUUGGAUCACCUGAAGAGGUGGCGAAAGCUCUAGUCGAGAAGGUUUUGUCCUCACCAACUCAGAAGGUCAACCUCGUUAGCGCAAAGGAGAAAACUGAGAACGACAGAACGUAUUACCAAUUUGAAUUUGUUGCCAAAGCCAAGAACUUCACAAGACACGCGCUGGGCGCAGUCGCCAUAAAAGACGGCAAGUUCUACACCUUAACUACAGGCGCCAACGAAAGACGGUGGAGCAAAAUGGAGGACAAGCUGCGCUUGGUGGUGGACUCCUUCACGACGUUGUAAAUCGAAAGUGCUACCAACAAAGCAUGACCAUUGUAAUUUCGACCCGACUCCAAGUGCGCCUCAGUUCUGGAGAUUGUAUCAUUGGAAAAUUUUCUUCAGUUUUACUCCGGACAAGUAACGAGAAAGAACGGCUCGCCUCGCCUGUAUUUUUAAUCUCUAGGGUUCAAGCUCGUCCCUCCAAAAUGACAAGCUGACCUUGUCUCGUCGGCAAGAGAGCAGAAGCUAGUCUUACAGUAACCUGGUCAGCUCUCUUAUGAUGUGAGAGGUCAGCCCGCCCGGUUUUCUCCCUGCGGCCUCCAGGAGAUGCCAGUCUGGUUGACCCAGGGCAUAGGGAACAAAGUCUUCCGAAAUUUUGGUGUUCCUAUCUUUUCUGUUCGGUCUGUGGGUUGACUAUUCAAGUCCAAGUGGUUGUGAAUGUCUUUGGAAACGAUGCGCG